AUGGGCUGUAAGUUGCCGAAGCCCAAAGGGUCAGAUGAAGCUCCGGGAAAGAUUUUUUCCACCCUCAGAAGAGCGCAAGUGGAGACACACUCAGGAGUGGCCUACACAUACCAUUUUCUGGACUUCCUGUUAGGGAAGGAAGAAGUGGCCGUGUCCUCUGUGCUGUGUCUCUCAUCAGUCAGAGAGCUCCCAGUGCAGGUGUGUGAUUUGUAUCAGAAGGGAUUCGUUCUGGCUGCUGUCCAUCCCUUUGUUCACGCCUGCGGCCCUGCUAAUGCUAACCUACAGAAGCAGCUACACCGAGCAGUGCUCAUCAGACAAACACACAGUAGUUCUGACAGUGGUCUGCUGAACUGGGUGGAUCCUCAUCUGUCGACAGACGUGUGUUACCUCGGUCACCAGGACCCCGACCCAGACGCCAUACAGGGCUACGUGAAAAAGGUGCAGGAUUUGGCUGAGCAGGGUGAUCUGUUUGUGGGGCUUCUGCCACAGCCUGGAGGGGGGCCGUAUUAUGUUGGUCACUGCGAACCAGAAGAGCUUUCAUCAUUGCACUCAAGUCCAUGUUCUGUACAUUAUAGCAGCAGACCUCAAACCAUCAGCCCUGUGAGCCAACAGGAUAAAGACCAUGGAGGUCAUCAAAACCAAAAUCCCACAAACUCAAUGCCAGAUACUGAUAGCCAACACAAUGAAGACUUUCUGAACCACAGCUAUCAAAAACAAAGCACAGAGAGUAGCCAGUGCUGGAAUAAUCAGAACCCUUUCACUGACAACCAUCAGCGUUCUGAUUAUCAUUACUUAAAUGCUGAAAUUGAGUGUACACAAGCUGAGGAUUUCAAGAACUGUUUGUCAUCGGAUGAGUUUAUUUUAAGCACUUGUGCACCAGAGCCGCAUCAGAAGCCGAGUGCUAGAAAGCAGUCUGUCCUGGCCAGCUGUGACUUGGCAGAAAACCACAAAAGAGAGCACAGAGAGCAGGUCAAAAGCCAGGACAAACCCAACAAGCAAACUGGACCCACCCAGAUGAUGAAUCGUGUGCAGGUGUUUGCAUUGUACAACCACACCAUAGUCCUGUCAGGAUCGCCAAAGUUCUUCUCUCUGAGGGUUCCGCUGCAGGUGCACAGGGAGGCGGGGCUUGUCAGCUCACUGGACUCUCUUUGGCUGGAUCACAUGACGCAGCACUUCAGAAACGGUGCUCAACUCAUCGACGGCUACUUUCACCUGGGAGAUGAUGCAGCAUCUUCUUCCACUGUGGAUAGUGUUUUUAUUUUCCAGAGUGCUUCAGAUGGUGUCGGGCUGACCACUGUGUAUGAUGCCAUUGUAGUGGAGCAAUGGACUGUGAUUGAUGGUGUUGCAGUGAAGACAGACUACAUCCCUCUGCUUCAGUCUCUGGCUCCAUACGGCUGGAGACUGAUGUGUGUGUUGCCCACCCCCAUCGUCAAAAUGAAGAGUGAUGGAAGUUUGGCCACAAAGCAGAUCCUGUUCCUCCAGAGACCUAUACUGCCUCGCAAGAGGAGAGACUUGACAAAACUGCAUCUCAGAGGUCAAAACAAAAGAAACAUGAACGGUAAAGGGACACAAGAGAGGGAAACGUCACCGCUAGCAACGAUUGAGAGAGAAAUGGAAAGAAUGGAAAGAGAAAACACAAGUCUGAUGAGAAAACGUGAGAUUAUCCUAAAGGAAAACGGGCAGAAUUUGCCAGAAAGCCCUGAGAAGAGAGAUCAAGCAGAAAGAACGGUGGAAUCCCACACGCUGAGGAUUGGCAUUCCAAAACUCAGCCCGGUAAAAAAGGACGUUACAAACAGCAAUAAGGAAAUAAAUCGUGCAAUUACAUGUGGUAAACUACGGGAUGUGCGAGCGGUGGUAACAGAGAGAGCUUUAUUCUCUGGAGUCUGCUGACAGUAUUCAUGUAUGCAUAUUUAACCAUUACAAUAUGUUCAUGUUUAUUCAGGCAGAACACACUCUCCGCAGAUCCAUGUCUGGGCAUAUACAUAUACAUCUGCUGACGGAGUGAUUGUCCUGGUAAGAGAUGUUUGAAUCUCACCACUCUUAAAUAUUUGGGGUUUUUAAAGGAAUAGUUCACUCAAAAAUGAAUAGUUACUUACUGUA